CAGUAUUGCUGCGAAAGGCUGAUUAUGUGAAAAUGAAACUGAAACUUGCAGCCGAAAAGGAAAUGUCCUGUCGAGUGAACACUAAGGAGUGCCUCUUAAUACAGAGAGUUCGGAGCACCCUUAGCCUGUGAUACAUUUAUUGUGGCUCCCGGUUUCUCGUGUGUGUGUGUGUGUUCGUGUGUGUGAGAGAGAGAGAAAGAGCAGAUAUCUGACCAGAGGGGACACUUUUCCAAUGGAAAACAGUAGUCACAACUGUAAACCCAGAAGGAGAUCGUUCAAUUUGUCCGACUUUAUGAUUAAAUUCAAAAUGAGUCGAAGCGCCGUCUCUCAUGAAGAGUAUUUUGGAUUAUACAACCAAGGAGCCACUUGCUACUUGAACACAUUGCUUCAAACUCUCUACAUGACUCCUGAAGUGAAGGACACCAUUGACAAAUUUGUUGGAGAGAGAUAUGAACCCAUUGAUAAGGAUGCCAGCAUUUGCUACCAGCUUAAAGACCUAUUUGCAAGCUUAAAAAAUAGAACAGCACAUACACAUGGAAUUACAAGGACCCUGGGCUUGAGCAAGAAAGUAUUCGAACAACAGGAUAUCGAAGAAUAUUUCCGACUAUUAUUGAAUAAAAUUGACGAAGAAAGUAAUGGAUCUUGUAAUGUAUUGCAGAUCUACCAGAGUAAAGUGAUUAAUUCUCUGAAGUGUUUGGAAUGCGACACUGAAUCCCAAAAAGAAUGUACGCUUUUGGAUAUUCCCUUGUCCCUUUCGCCUCCUGAUUGUAUAACAGGGAAAUAUUUCAACAGUGUGAAUGAAUCACUUCAAGAAUUUUUGAAGGAAACAAUUCUGAGUGGAGACAAUUUAUGUUAUUGUGAAAGAUGUGAGAAAAAAACUGGGACUAAGACCGACUACUACUUUGAAAGUCUCCCGCAGGUACUGGCUCUGCAGCUAAAAAGAUUUGAGUUUGACUAUUUCAAGAUGUGUUUCAAAAAGUUGCAUAACUUAAUAAUGAUUCCACUGAAGUUAACAUUUCAGAAGAAGGUUCGAGGUACUGAUAAAACAGAGUGGCGUUUCCUUCCUAAUGGAAAACCAACACAGCUGGACCCAGGGUCAUCACACGUAAAUGAUGAAUCUAAUGUAAGCUGCAAUCUACAAGAAGAUAAGGACCAGGAGGGAAAACCAACACAGCUGGACCCAGGGUCAUCACACGUAAAUGAUGAAUCUAAUGUAAGCUGCAAUCUACAAGAAGAUAAGGACCAGGAGAAUAUUCCGUGCGGUCGCACUUGUUCUGAUGGACCAGAGAGGGGAUAUGUGGCUGGCCACUCCAUGGCUGAACACUUCACAGGAGGAACUGUGAAGGGAACUGGGGUUACAGCAACACAGCUGGACCCAGGGUCAUCACACGGAAAUGAUGAAUCUAAUGCAAGCCAGAAUCCACAAGAAGAUAAGGACCAGGAGGAGUAUGCUAUAUACGAGCUGUUUGCAAGCUGUAAUCAUUCUGGAAUAUAUGACAGCGGUCAUUAUGUUGCAGACAUUAAACCAAUCUCUUCCUGUAAAUGGUAUUGUUUUAAUGAUGCAUUUGUCCGCAAGGAGAAAGACACUUCUGAAGAAUCCUCUGGUGGUGGAAGCAAUAUUUCAAGCAGAAGAUCAUCUACAGCAUACUUGCUAAUGUACAGGAAGGAGGAAGUAAACAGCAAUCAAGGAGUUAUAGCAGAUCAAGGACAACAACGGAAUGAACAAAUGGAAAUGAGAGAAUCCAGUCCAUUUGUAAUAGGAGCAACCAAUCAUGAUUUUGGACAAAACAAUCCAACUUCUGACCAAAAUACAGAAGAUCUAACAGAAAAUAUCGACGCAAAAAUGAAUGAAGGAAAGGGAACAGUGGAAACAUUGGAAGAAAACAGUUCUGAACUGAUGAAAAAUGGAAGUUUGUUACAUCAAACAGAUGGGAAAGAAGGUGGGAAUGCAGAUGUCGUUGUGAAAUGGAAUGAAGAAAAGAGAGUGAGAAAAUCCAGUGGAACUGGAAAUGAAGUGAAUAGUCAUGACAUUAGGGAAUACACUCUAUCUUCUGACCAAAAUAUAGAACAUUCUCCAGAAAGCAGUAAUGCUGUAAUAAACGAGGAACAUGGGAUAAUGAAAGACAUUGAAACGAUGGUUGAGCCGAAAGAAAGGGAAAAACAGACAGGGGAAACAGAAUGGAACAAAGGUGGGAAUGCAGAUGUCGUUGGGAAAUGGAAUGAAGAAAAGAGAGUGAGAAAAUCCAGUGGAACUGGAAAUGAAGUGAAUAGUUAUGACAUUAGGGAACACAUUCCACCUUCUGACCAAAAUAUAGAACAUUCUCCAGAAAGCAGUAAUGCUGUAAUAAAAGAGGAACAUAGGAUAAUGAAAGACAUUGAAACGACGGUUGAGCCGAAAGAAAGGGAAAAACAGACAGGGGAAACAGAAUGGAACAAAGGUGGGAAUGCAGAUGUCGUUGGGAAAUGGAAUGAAGAAAAGAGAGUGAGAAAAUCCAGUGGAACUGGAAAUGAAGUGAAUAGUUAUGACAUUAGGGAACACAUUCCACCUUCUGACCAAAAUAUAGAACAUUCUCCAGAAAGCAGUAAUGCUGUAAUAAAAGAGGAACAUAGGAUAAUGAAAGACAUUGAAACGACGGUUGAGCCGAAAGAAAGGGAAAAACAGACAGGGGAAACAGAAUGGAACAAAGGUGGGAAUGCAGAUGUCGUUGGGAAAUGGAAUGAAGAAAAGAGAGUGAGAAAAUCCAGUGGAACUGGAAAUGAAGUGAAUAGUUAUGACAUUAGGGAACACAUUCCACCUUCUGACCAAAAUAUAGAACAUUCUCCAGAAAGCAGUAAUGCUGUAAUAAAAGAGGAACAUAGGAUAAUGAAAGACAUUGAAACGACGGUUGAGCCGAAAGAAAGGGAAAAACAGACAGGGGAAACAGAAUGGAACAAAGGUGGGAAUGCAGAUGUCGUUGGGAAAUGGAAUGAAGAAAAGAGAGUGAGAAAAUCCAGUGGAACUGGAAAUGAAGUGAAUAGUCAUGACAUUAGGGAACACAUUCCACCUUGUGACCAAAAUAUAGAACAUUCUCCAGAAAGCAGUAAUGCUGUAAUAAAAGAGGAACAUAGGAUAAUGAAAGACAUUGAAACGACGGUUGAGCCGAAAGAAAGGGAAAAACAGACAGGGGAAACAGAAUGGAACAAAGGUGGGAAUGCAGAUGUCGUUGGGAAAUGGAAUGAAGAAAAGAGAGUGAGAAAAUCCAGUGGAACUGGAAAUGAAGUGAAUAGUUAUGACAUUAGGGAACACAUUCCACCUUCUGACCAAAAUAUAGAACAUUCUCCAGAAAGCAGUAAUGCUGUAAUAAAAGAGGAACAUAGGAUAAUGAAAGACAUUGAAACGACGGUUGAGCCGAAAGAAAGGGAAAAACAGACAGGGGAAACAGAAUGGAACAAAGGUGGAAAUGCAGAUGCAGAUGGGAACGGGAAUGAACUAAAGAGAAUGAGAAAAAACAGUGGAACUGGAAAUAAAGUGAAUAAUCAUGGCAUCAGACAAGGCAAUCCAUCUUCUGACUCACAUACAGAACAUUCUCCAGAAAGCAGUGAUGCAGUAAUGAAAUGGAAACAGGAGUCAAUGAAAAACAUGGGAAUGGCGUGCGAACCAAAAGAAAAGGAAAAACAGAUAGAAGAAACAGAUUGCAAAGAAGAUUAACAAAGGAGAGACCACUGAACAAGAAAACCAAUCAAAUGAAACAAUAAGAAGGAGAGAUUUCAGUAAAAUUGGAAAUGGAGCAAACAAUCAUGACAUUGGAAAGGACAAUCAACUUUCUGACCAAAAUAUAGGAGAUUUGCUCGAAACAUUUGCAACCGUCAUGUAAGAGAAUGAUGGACAAUGGGAUAACGGGUCAAUGAUAAAAAAAAAGACAUACAAGAAACAACUGGGAAAGGUGUAGUGCAAGUUAUGAAGGAAAAGGAUACUGCAACUGUUGAAAUGUUGGCAACUGAGAAAACUCAAAGACUCCAGUAGUAGACAGAAAGAGAAGAUAAUAAGAGAAUUUUGAAUAGCAAAGAAACAGUGAGGUGGGAACAAUGGAAUAAAAUAAUGGUUAAGAUAAAAGGGAAACCAGCAUUUUACUCAAAAAAUGUUAGAGAAAAAUUAAAUCAAUCUUGGGUGAAUCAGUGUUAAAUAGGUAAACAUUAAUGGAUGAAUUCAUGGGCAGCAAUGCAGAUGUAAAACAUGUUUAUGAGAUAAAUGGAACAGAACAGAAACGUGGGUGAAAGUAAAAAUGAUGACAUGACAGUGCAGAAAAAAGAACAGAAUAUGUUAGAUCAUAUUCAGUUAGAACAUAAGAAACAUCAAUGAAUUUUACAAGUCAAAGCAAUGAUAUUUAAAUUGCCAACAUGUCAACCAAUGCCAACGUUGUGAGGAGCUAUUAAAUAUGGAAAGAAAUUAAUACCUUUCAGCGAAUGAAGUGAAUGAAAUUAUAUGUGAAAAUGCAUAAUUUAAACACAUUUUUAAUGUACUUCAAAGAAAGGCAAACAAACUGAGAGCAAACAUUUAUGAAAGCAGUGUUAAAGUGGAAAGAUGAAUCAGAGCAGAUAAGACAGAAGAUGGUAGAUGGGUUGCUAAGAAGAAGGUUGCUGGCUGCCUUUCUGGUUUGUGUUGUAUGUAUUCAGAAUGAAAAAAAUAAAAGAUAAUAAGCAA